GUGAGAGUAAGGGAUGGGAGUGCACUUUGAUUCCAGGAGUUUUUCAUAACAAAGACACCACAUUUUUUUGAUGGAAAUGUAUGCUUCCCAUUGGAGGAUUACUUCAUACUGACAGAGGUUAUUUUAUGAGUCUCAUUCUCAGGAAAGACUGAUUUGCUAACAUACUGGUCUCUCCAAUGUCAUAGUCACCUUCAUUAUUUGUGAUGACUUCCUGCCUCUCAGAGCUCUUAGUCAUGCUGGGGAGAAACAGCACUCUGGUGAGUGAGUUCAUCCUGGUGGGCUUCCCCACCGCCCCCUGGCUGCAGGUCCUGCUCUUCUCCCUCUUCCUGGUGGUCUACUUGCUGGUGGUAGUAGAGAAUCUUGCCAUCAUGCUCACUGUCUGGGUCACUGGCUCCCUCCAUAAGCCCAUGUACUAUUUCCUGAGUAGCCUGUCCUUCCUGGAGGUCUGGUAUGUCUCUGUUACCGUCCCCAAGAUGCUGGAUGGAUUCCUCCUGCAGAGACGGCGCAUCUCCUUCACAGGCUGCAUGACCCAGCUGUACUUCUUUAUCUCGCUCGCCUGCACGGAGUGUGUACUUCUGGCAGCCAUGGCCUAUGACCGCUAUGUGGCCAUCUGCCACCCUCUCAGAUACCCGGUCAUCAUGACCACAGGUCAUUGUGUGCAGCUGGUGGCUUUUUCCUAUAUGACUGGUUUCAUGAUCACUGUGAUCAAGGUCUAUUUUAUUUCACAUGUCACUUUCUGUGGCUCCAAUGUCAUGAACCACUUUUUCUGUGACAUCUCACCAAUCCUCAAACUGGCCUGCAAAGACAUGUCCACAGCUGAGCUAGUGGACUUUGCUUUGGCUAUUGUCAUUCUUGUCUUCCCUCUCACCACUACCAUCCUCUCCUAUGUCUACAUUGUCUCCACCAUUCUGCAUAUACCCUCCACCCAGGGAAGGAAGAAGGCCUUCUCCACCUGUGCAUCCCACCUCACGGUAGUCAUAAUUUAUUACACAGCCAUGAUUUUCAUGUAUGUUCGGCCCAGAGCUAUUGCUUCAUUUAACUCCAACAAACUAAUCUCGGCUGUGUAUGCAGUCCUCACGCCCAUGCUAAAUCCAUUCAUCUACUGUCUGAGGAACCAGGAAGUCAAGAAUGCUAUCAAAAAGACAGUGGGUGUUGGCCAGUGCUUCCUACUCAGCUGA